CCGGUUCAGACAUAAACAUGGUUCGAUUGUCAUCAUGUAUGGCGAACAAUAUUUAAGUUGUUGUUUAUGUGUUUAACCCAAUUGUGCGCGAUGUGUGUAUGUUCAUUUUCAUAGUGAAAAGAAAAUGAUAUGAAGUAUUAGUGUUAUGCAGUGAUAAGCUGUGGUUCGAGUUAAGAGCGGUCAGCGCUGAUGACCCAGUGUUUACAAGAUGAAUAUGGGCAGAGAGAUUGGAAUAAUAAGGUAGUUCUGACUUCAUUUCAGCCAAGGUAUGGGGCUACCAAACAGUGAGACAACUGAGCCAACCACAGCCUUGGUGAGACGUAUUGGUUCUGCUGUGUUGUAUGGAGCGUGUUCCUUUCUAAUAACCGUGGUAAACAAGAAUGUAUUGACAACUUAUGGAUUUCCUUCUGCUCAAGUUCUUGGUCUGGGUCAGAUGGCUGCUACCGUAGCAGUACUCAUUGUUGCACGGAGCAUCAAUGUGCUAUCUUUCCCUCCAUUUGAUAGAGGCAUCUUUCGUAAACUAUGGCCACUGCCCCUAAUUUACAUGGGAAAUGUUGUCUUUGGGCUCUAUGGGACAAAACAACUUUCCUUGCCAAUGCUUACAGUUCUGCGACGUUUUUCGAUUCUGAUGACAAUGGUAGGUGAAUUUUAUUUGCUGGGUGUUAGACCAACUACAGCUGUCCAAAUAUCUGUUUAUACAAUGAUUCUUGGUGCAAUAAUUGCUGCAAGCAAUGAUCUAGCCUUCAGUGCAGAAGGCUACAUAUCAGUUUUGCUGAAUGACUUCUUCACUGCAGCAAAUGGUGUUGUUGUGAAACAAAAGCUGGAUGCAGCAGAGCUUGGAAAGUAUGGACUAAUGUUUUAUAAUUCACUGUUCAUGUUACCACCUGCGACUGUGUUUGCAUGGGCCACAGGAGAACUGGACAGGGCCAUUGCAUUUUCUGAUUGGGAUCAGCCACUUUUUUUGGUGCAGUUUGCUGCCUCGUGUGUGAUGGGCUUUGUGUUGACUUAUUCUGUUAUGCUUUGCACCAUGUACAAUUCAGCGUUGACAACUACAGUUAUAGGAUGCCUCAAGAAUGUGUGUAUUACUUAUCUAGGUAUGGUGAUUGGUGGAGACUAUAUAUUUUCUUGGCUGAAUUUCAUAGGCAUCAACGUCAGUGUUAUUGGAAGUCUUGUGUACACCUGGGUGACAUUUAGAAGAAAACCAAGACAAGAGCCAAAGUCAAAUGCUGCUGUCACAACAGUUGUAUGAUGAAGACUAAAGUGGUGGUAUUCUUAGUGACAGUAUGCAUCUUACAAUACUACUGAAACUGUGAUUUCACUUGACUUGUGUAUGUGUGUAACUGCAACUGAACAUGUGAAAAAGAUCUCAAAUUUAGUUCUUUUUGCUCAUCUGCGAUUCGAGGUGGUGAUAUGUUUGCUGUGUAGUAUAUCAUAGGUUGAGAACGGUGAGAGAAUGCAGAAAAAAGUGCACAUUAAUUCCAGUACAUCAAACUAAACUCUACCUGGUACUUCAUACAAGAGGGCAAUGAUCACAGCAUUGACAAAUUUUUAUGCAAUGCUACAUAAGUGCUUGAAAAGCUAGUCUGAAAUUCUUCCUAGUGUGGUAUAUUUUUCUAAACAUAAUGAAUGAAGUCAGUAAUUGAGAUUCUAGUAUAUACUGUAAGAAGUCUUACUUUAACAAAUGUUAAACAGGAUCUGUAAAAUUACCAUGUGUUAAAAUAUUUAUGUAAGCACAUGCAAAAUGAAUGGUGUGUGUGUGUGUGUGUGUGUGUGUGUGUGUGUGUGUGUGUGUGUGUGUGUGUGUGUGUGUGUGUGUCAAAUUGCAGACUCUUGGUUAUGGUCUGAGCUGCAGGAACUAGUUUACAUUAUUGAUGAGGAGAGACUCACGUCGAUCCACAAAAAUACUUGUCAUAUGUCAAAAUAAUAAUAAUAAUCAUAAUGCCAGUGCAAAAAUUAAGAUCCUCAAUUGUACACAUACAGACAAUUUUCAUUUGAGUGCAACAAAUAUAAAUACAGUAUUGUGCUGCAAAAUCUGGUAAAUGAAACUUGCCAUUUAUUACUGCACUGAAGACGCGUGGUGUGGAGUUCCAUACACAGUGUUCGGACAGAUUUCCGGAUGUGCAUUAAGUCUGAUACCUACCUACCUACCUCUCUCUCUCUCUCUCUCUCUCUCUCUCUCUCUCUCUCUCUCUCUAACUCUGCUGCGAUGCACUCUUAUGGAUCACUCAAUUAAAUGAGUAUUGAUGGUUGUAAAAUCUAACUCCAGAUAUUUGUACAUAGGUAACUUUAAACUGCUACUUAAAGAGACAGAUUUUCAGUUAACAGCAAAGUGUUGCGCAGAGGCCUAUCCAUGUGUAUGGUUGUUGUUUUCCUGCACAUUUCGUGACAAUGAAAUAUCAUUACUUGUUGAAGGUGCUAAGCCUAUUGUCAGCUUCAUGUUGUAACACUGGUAGUUGUGUACAAAAUCUCAUGUGUUAUUCAGUUUAGAUUCAUGCUACCCCCACUUCACAUAUUGUAGAAUGACUAGUUUUUAUGUGAAAAUUGUGCCAUUUUUGGAAAUGUUUGUGUUAAUUAUGUGCCAUAAUCAAACAUUUUGUGCUCAGAAUGAAGAAUGUUACAUUUUUGUGUUUUAGAAGCUGGAAGGUUAAUGAUUAGAGGCCUUUGGAGAUAUUCCUUAUUAAGUAUACCAAUAAUAAGUUGUCGGAUGUCUUCUGUAAUAUAGUUUUUUAGCUGACUUUAGUUUGUUAAUCAGCAUCCUGUUUUCAAAUUAGUUGUCACCUGCAGAAAGGCUGUUAAGACAAUUCUUUAGGUUUGGGCUCUGUUGAGACAAGACAUUAACAUACUGGAUGAAACAAUUACAUCUCCUAGAAAGUACAUUCCUAUGGACUGCUACAGUAAAAGCCAGAGCGCUGAUAUAAGCAGUUUGUGCCUGUCUUAAUCAUUUUCAGUCAACUCCCGUUUACUGAAACUCAUUCAGAGUUCUGCCUUUUCCAAGGAAGCUUUCACAAUUAUAUUUACCAACCCUAAAAGCACAGACAUCACUGUUCCAGUCAACAUAACAACUAGACCAUUUGGUGCUCUCACCUACCUUUGUCUGUACCGAUUGUUGCAUGGGCUCUGGUAUGUGGUAAUUAGUCCUAAUUUUAUUCACUCACAAAUUAUCAAAAUCCUCCAGAUGCACUUAAAUAUUGUCAGGCACCAGAUUAAAAUUUUUUGAACCUGUUCUUAGUACAUUAAGCAGUUCUACGCAUCCAAAGUGCACACUGCUUUUACAUGUGACGUUCUACAUACAGGAUGCAGUGUAAUCAUUCAGCUGAGAUGCCCGAUAAUGCUUACACACACAACUCAUUUUCUACAUCUUUUGUGCUAUGGCACACUGACUGCUUCACUUGAGUGUCAACUAACUGCUGUUUCACAUACCUUUAUGAAAUUUGCAACAAAAACAUCACCAUGACCAUGGUUACCAACAGUGUGAUGUUAAAGAUUCCCAUUCUAUCACAGGAAUUCGUAAAGUGGUCUGUCCUCCUCCUCCAUGUAGCAAGAUAAUGGUGGUACUAUCCACAAGCUGAAGCCAGUUUAAUUGGCAUGAUGGUCAGAAUUGACACACCUUCCAAGGUUCUAUGAAAAUGUGUGCUUCUGUGGCUCUCUCUGUAUACUUUUCUGCCAAACUAUCAAUUUGCAGUAUUUAUUAUUUCACUUGAAAUGCAUUUAUCAUGCAGUGUUAGAUGAACACUCAAAUUUGAUGUGUUUAAGCAGUUAUUCUGCCCAUGUUCCAUAUGUGAAAGGAUCAGGAACAACCCCUAAUGUAUAAUACAGAGGGAAGUACCCUCUACCAUGCACUCUAGUGACUUGCAAAGUAUAGAUGUAAAUGUAGAAUAUGCCUGCUGUAAUUUUUUCCACUCAGUUAGUAGCAAACACCUUACUUUUAAAUUAUAAACAGCUCUAGAAGAUAAACAGACUGUGCAGGUGUGCACUGGCUGAAGUGGGGAGAACACCUCUUACAUAGUAAUCGAAAAUCAAUCAAAACAGUUGCCUCAAAGCUGAGAACUUCUCAAUAAAUGUCUUGAGAGACUCACAUACACCAGUCACGUGUGUGUGUGUGUGUGUGUGUGUGUGUGUGUGUGUGUGUGUGUGUGUGUGUGUGUGUCCUGCACUCUGAGGACGUCAGGCUGUGAUAUCUUGUACAGUGAGGCAACUUAAAACUAUCAGGAAGAAUAAAUUUAAUUUGAGCUCUUCAUUUGACACCAUUAGCAAAGACUGAUAAAAUGUCAUUGAAGCUUUUGUAGGUUAGUGGAUAGUUUUUUGGUUAUUGGUGCAGAAGGCUUUGAUUUUAUUCCCAAGACAUAGAGUUUAUAACAGACAAAAUUACUCACAGAAAACCUAGAGGGAACAGGGUACACAACUUCCUUUAAGGGAAAGGUUAUCACUGAUUAUGAAGGUAACCAGAGAAAUCAAAAUGUUGUUAGUUAAAAUACCAUACUAUCCUUAGUGUGCAGGCAACACUGAUUACUGAAUGUUAACAUGCUUUCUGGAAUUAUUGAAAAUUUAGCUAAUUGCCUGUAGAAAGGAAAUUGUCAUAAAUAUACAGGGUGAACACAGUCCUGACAUGAUUAUACAAAUUUAUAACCGAAUAACUGUUUGAGAUAAGUUACAUUUGAUGCCAUUACAUAGGUUAAUGUUACUAGUUUUUGAAGACCACUUAAGUUAGUAAACCUCGAUGUGUGCUCCCUUGGUAGCUCGGAGAAUAUCGAGGCGGAUUCCAGUUCCCUCCAGGUGUUUCGUAACAUGUGUUCUGUCACAGUACCCACAGCAGCUUUUAUCCUAGUCUUCAGUUCAUCAUCGUCAGCAACUGGUGUGACAAAGACUACCUCCCCCCUCCCACACUGGGGCUAUAUCAAGGACAGAGUUUUCGUCACACCAGCUGCUGAUGUCAACGAACUGAAGGCUAGGAUAAAAGCUGCUUUCCAGAAAUCUAGGAAUGUGGAAUCUGCCUGUUGUCCUUCAUCCACUGUUAGCAGGAUGUCAUGCAAGAAAAGAGCAAAUGGAGUUUUGCAUGAGUGAUGUUUUCUAAAUCGAUGAUGAUUUGUGGACAGGUUUUCUGUCUCAAGGAAAUAUAUUCGAACUCAGAUAUUCAAGAAUUCUGCAGCAAACUGACAUUAAGGAUAUUGCUCUUUAUGUGGGUCCAUUCUUUUAUGCUUCUUACCUAUGGGAGACACCUGCCAAUUUUUUCCAUCCAUUUGGGACUUUUCGUUGGGUGAGAGAUUUGAGAUACAUGCAAGCUAAGGGGCAAGUGCCGCAGUGUAUUUUUUGUGAAACUGAACUGGUAUUCCAUCCAGAUCUGGCAACUUAUUUUUCAGCUCUUUCAGUUGCUUCUCUAUGCAAGGGGAGCCUAUUACUGUGAUUACUGUGUUCUCCAUACCGCAUUCUGUGAGACAGUCAAAUAAAAAUGUUUGCAAGAUCCUCCUGUGUGAAAGUUUUCCUGAAAGCAAUCAUAUAACAGGUCAUCAGUUUUCUUUUUUAUUCUCCUGUAUGAUUCUUGUCAGUAACUUCGAGGCAUGAAUUCUUUAGCGGAUUGUGUGAUACUCCUGACACUCACCGACUCUGCUGCAGUUGUGUUAUAUACAGCAAAAUUCUGGUGUCUCCUGGUUCAACAAAGACAGUCACCUGCUUCAUGCUACACAUACUAGAAAACUCUGCAGAUUAUGGUUGAAGUUUGAGGUAAAUGUACUGCAGUGUUCUGCAGCACUAGGAUUCAGGAUUGAUAGGGAUCCGACAUCAGAUGAGCUAUCCUAAUGAUCCAGCUGUACCACUUCUCCUCUUGAGUCUCACUAACAGGGAUGGGUUUGCCUGCAGGCCCAAAUGCACUAGUAAGAGUUCACAAGUCGACAUGCAUUCAGAUAUGUAUUCUUGAUGGCAUUGCAGUUCUGGCAGUACUCCAUUGAGAAUAUGAGAGCUGGGUUCUAUUCAUGUUUCAAACACUAAAAAAAGUUUACAGAAAAAAUUAACUCCUCAAAUACUGCUGUGAGAAUAGGACUAUGCAUUUCUAGGCUGAGAUCAGUCAUUGCUAGUAGACACGUUACCAUUACACCAAAGAAAAUACUCACUAAACAGUGGGAAAUCUAGGAUGGAAUAAUGGCAGUAUAUCAAAAGGAUAGAUUGCUUCAGCCAAAAAGCCCAUGUAACUCGUCACAGUUCGCUCCUCCAUCCAACUGUGAUCCUCUUCCACUGGCCCCAAAUCCCCCCCCCCACUCCCCUCCCAAUUAACUUUCCAGAAUUUCUUAACCUCAACCUUGUAUCAUUAUUUCCCAAAUCCCUCAAUAUGCAAGCUAACAUUAAAUCUGCAGAAAGAACCACAAUCCACCGUCUAAAAACUGAGCUCAAUCUUAUAAUCCUACCUGCUUACAGACUGCAGCACUGUGGUUUUGAAGUGAAAGGUUUAUCUGCCAGAAGGACUCUGGCAGUUGUCAGAUUUGUCCACCUAAAAACUCUGCCACAGUGACUCCAUUCCAGAAAUCAAACAGGAUCUCGAGCCUCUCCUCAAAUCCCGAGUGCCAUCCUGCUGCCACCUACAUGUGGGGUGUUUACUGCGGAAUUGAUGGCAAUUUCCCGGGCCCUUACCUUUAUUAAACAAUCCCAACACAGCCGUGUUUUGUUAUGUACGGACUCGAUGA